AUGGCGGUGGAAAAACUGUAUCAAAGCGAACAAUUCCUGGUUGUGAAUAAACCUUACGACAUGUAUAUUAAUUCUGAUGAUGAAAAUGAAAAGAAUACGGUCGCCUGUCACAUCGCUUCUUAUGAUUCACAUAGAGCAAACUCAGCAAAUCCACUUUAUUUCGUUCAACGCCUCGACUUUUCGACUAGUGGAAUUCUUUGCAUAGCUUUAAAUAAAACCGCCGCAGCCUGCGCUGGUAAACUGUUCGAGAAAAGGCUCACGAAGAAAUAUUACUUCGCAGUCGUCAGAGAACACUUGAAUUUCGACGCAUGUGAUGUACAAUAUCCAGUUGGUGUCGAUAAAACAUCAUCGGAGAGCAGUCACAAGAUGAUUGCGUUGCGAGAGGACACACGGGCGGUGUGCGGCGCGCCGAGGUCGGCGCACACCCGCUUGUUAGUGCUGGAGCUCGGUUAUUACGAUGACAGGCCUGUCACCGUAGUGCUAUUGAAACCAGUUACAGGCCGCCGCCACCAGCUGAGGGUCCACUGUUCAACCAUUGGCCACAGGAUACUCGGUGAUUACACAUACAGUGACAGACAGGACACCAUACCUCACAGGAUGUUCUUACACGCCAUUAGAUUAGUUCUGCCGCUGCCUGAAGGGCCAUUGGAUAUCCAAACGGCGGAGCCAUUCUUCUCCGACGAACGGUUCAGCUCUGAAUGGAGACCGCAUUCAGCUAAAUACGAGUGUCGCAGCAAAGAGGAUUUCAUUGCGGCAUGCGACGCCAUAGACAAAGUUGCCAUUUGCAAAGUGUUCAUU